UGCAGAUCUAUUUGGGAAGUUGGCUUGGUUUCAAACCAGCCUCAAGCUGAGCUCUAUAUAAAAAUAUGCACUGUGGUAUCCAGCGCAUGAAUGAAACCUGCAGGACCUUGUAGUCGGCAGACAUGGAGCACAAAACUCAACUAACGCUGGCUUUUCUUCUUGUUCAGGUGCUGCACCAAGCAUUCACAGUUAGUUCAGACUGCACACCUGGAUUCCAGCAGAAGAACUAUCGAGUCUUACAGUCCUCAGACUAUAAAAAGGACCAGUUCAUUUUGAAAGUGCUCUUUGAUGACUGCAGUGGGAAUGAAGGACUGGAGUUUUCAAUUUCAAAUCCAGACUUGCGGGUUGAAGCAGAUGGUUCUGUGUUUGCUACAAAAGAUAUGGAGCUGAUUAUACCUGGAUUCCACAUCCAAGCAGCAUCUGUUCAUAUGCAGGACUUGGCCAAAGUUCAGAUCGCAAGAGAAGACACUGGCAGUAGUUUUUUGAAGGAGGCCAUGAGGAUUGUAAACUAUUCUAUUCUGCACAGAAGUAAACGAUCUCUAAUAGCUCCUCCCAUUUCGUUCCCUGAAAAUCAAAGAGGACCGUUCCCUAAAUCUAUUGGAUGGGUAAUAACUGACAGGAAAGAGAACAUCAAUUUUCAACUCCGUGGUAAAGGUGUGGAAGAGGAACCAAAGGGCAUUUUCAAAAUCAAUGAUCAGUCUGGACAAAUCAGUGUGACCCGUACAUUGGAUCGUGAGAUGAUGGAGACGUACAUUCUGCAAGUUGAACUUACUGACCCUAGUGGAAAGCUCCUUGAAGGACCAGCCACACUGUACAUCACUAUUAUCGAUCAGAACGAUAACAAACCCCUCUUCAGGGAAGGACCAUACGUGGGCCACGUUUUGGAAGCAUCUCCCACUGGAACUACCGUGAUGCGACUGACAGCUCACGAUGCCGAUGAUACGAGUACAAACAAUGCUGUUCUCCGCUACAGUAUCAUACAACAAACACCAGAGACACCAUCUCCAAACAUGUUCUACAUAGACUCAGAGAAGGGAGAUAUCGUCACUGUGGUGCCACCAUCAAUGUUAGACCGUGAGACUUUGGAAGUCUGCAAGUACGAAUUGAUUGUAAUAGCUAAAGAUAUGGCCGGCAGUGAUGUGGGAUUGACAGGCACAGCCACAGCAACUAUCAUCAUAGAUGACAAGAAUGACCAUGCGCCUGUGUUCACCAAGUCGAUGUUUCAAGCUACAGUGAAUGAAGGAUUUACUGGCAUCAUAGUAAAUCUUACAGUGGAGGACAACGAUGACCCUGCUACUGGUGCGUGGAGAGCUGUCUACACCAUCAUCAAUGGAAAUCCUGACAGGAACUUCAAGAUUGAAACCAAUCCGAAGACUAACGAUGGGAUGCUAUUUGUCGACAAAUCUUUGGAUUAUGAAAGAUCUGCAUUUCACACGCUGCUAAUUAAAGUGGAGAACGAAGACCCAAUCAUGCCAGAGAUCAGUUAUGGUCCCAGUUCUACCACCACGGUGCAAGUUACAGUCGUUGAUGCGAAUGAGCCACCUAUUUUCAAUCCAGACCCAACGAUUGUUGUCAAACCGGAGAAUAUUCCAAUAGGCACUGUUGUUGUGACGUUGAAUGCAACUGACCAAGAUAUUCUACAGAAACAGACAAUUAGGUUUGCGCAGUUUCAGGAUCCUGCCGGGUGGCUGACCAUCAAUCCCACAAAUGGCACCGUUACCACCAGAUCUACACUGGACCGGGAAUCUCCCUUUGCGCACAACAGUCAAUACACCGCGUUAUUUCUUGCAACUGACAAUGGAGACCCCGUCGCCACUGGCACUGGUACCUUGAUUAUCACCAUGCUGGAUGUGAAUGACAACCCACCCUCUGUUUAUCCAACCAUAGCCAAGUUCUGUGAGGAUUCAAAGGAUCUCAUUGUAGCCAUUCUAGGAGCAACAGAUAAAGAUCUUGAACCAAAUGCUGAUCCAUUCAAAUUUCAAUUGGGCAAGCAAGCUGGAAUUGAAAAAACCUGGAAGGUCACUCAACUCAACAGCAGCCAUGCUCAGCUCAGCCUCCUGCAUCCGCUGAAAAGAGCGAACUACAAUUUGCCAAUUGUGGUGACGGAUAGCGGGAAGCCCCCAUUGACCAACAGCACAGAUGUUAUAGUCCAAGUCUGCUCCUGCAAGAAGAACAAAAUGGACUGCAGCACAGCCAACUCUCUCCACAUCAGCACCACACUCCUCCUGAUUUCUAUCAUCACAUUCUUCUGCCUGUAACAAGAACUGAUGUCUGAUGCUGCCCACGGAGUUGCUAUGGCAACAAGAGGGGGAAAUAAAAGCCAAAUCCGAAGAUUUUACAGGAUUUACAGUCGCUCAAGUUCUAGACCUCCUUGCUCCAAGCACGCUUUAAUUUGUACCUUCACUAGUCUAUCAAACUGUGCUACAGUCAAUGACAGCCUCUGACCUUAACUAGCUUCCACUAAUGGGUUCCGCCUAGAUAAGCAAGUGUUGCAUUGCUUUUCCUUGAAGUUAGACUGAACACCCAAUGCAGAGGACAUGACGAUACAAUACACAAUUAACCCAAUAUUCUGCUCUACAAUAUUUUAAUUGUAAUAGCAUUGAAAAGAAGGCUAUUUUGUCAAAGCAAAACAUUUUUUACAGGAGACACUAUUUGGAAGCUAAGUAAGACAUGCUGUUGGUUCUUGUAAGGCAAAUUGUUCUCUGUGUGUCAAGGAAGUUUUAAGACAAAUUGUUCUUUGUGUCAAGGAAGUUAAACAUAGAUUGUGCGUAAGUGGUAAAUAUUGCUGUACAUGCCUUUUGUUUCCUAAUUUCUUUUUUCAACCAGUAAUUUUAGGCAGAAUUAAAUUCAGUAACCUCUAUACUGCCACAUACAGGAGUGUAUCAGGUAUUACAUUAAAACUGCCCCACACUAUCAUCACUAACCGUGUUUGAACUAAAGGUUUGCAUGGCUUCAAAUUAGGGGUAGUCGAUGACGGCAGAGUAAAGGGCAAUAUGCUUUCUUCUAGAAUAAGUCAGGACUCUGGCAGUUAGCUAUCCGAUGGGUUAAGAACUGAGCAUAAGCUUGUCACAGCAGUUGGAAUGUUGCAUGCUAAUGAAUCUGCAUCAGCGUGGGGCUUGUGAUCUAUUCCCGGUGGAAGUCACAAUGCAAGAAAUCCUCGCGUUAUUAAUUAUCUUGCAGCUUUGCCAGUCUGUGUCUUACUUACAUUCGAUGUUCAACUAUGAGAGUUGUUAGUGUUUGCUCAUUUCUUUGAUCCACCAUCUUAUGGUUAUUGGCAAGAGACUGCAGAACUCCCUCAUAUCUCCGUCGCCCAUUAAUCUUAAUAGUGUGGCAGGUUUCUUGCAAUCGGUAUUUUGGAACACACGCCAGCCAUCCAGGCAAUCCCGUCAUCAGGCAUCUCCUUUCUUUGUCCUAAGUAUCUGUCUUAAUGAUAUUAAUGCCCACAUCCUGUAUCACAUGCAUUAUUCCUGUGCAUGCUGCCUAAUAAAACUCAGCCUGUGGGUCUGUAAUGCUAAACAGGUCUAUUUAAACCAUAUGUCUACAUAAUAAAUAUAUUUCAAAUGGAA